AUGUCUGUCAGGGCAGAGCUCUUGGGUAUUGCCGAUGCAGACAGUCGAGAAGUCUUAUACCGCCGCCAGUGGGCCGAGGGGCUCGAUAGCGUCCCUGAUUCGCUGCAGCGACGCUUGCAAAAGGUUUUGAAGCAGGGUAAUGGAUCGAUGUCGGUGGCUCAAAUGCGGGUUGGACCGAAGGUGAUGACGGCUGCGGUGGUGGACAGGUUGAUGUAUAUUUUGUACACCGCCGCUGACAGCCUAGGAGACGACGGAUUCCAUGAGCCGUGGGUAGUGGUCAUACUCGAGUCGCUCCAUUCGGAGUUGUCUAAGAUCGGAGGCCGAGAGGCUUUGUUGGAUGGAUGCCGCAACCAGCCUUUGACGGACAGCAGCGCUGAGGGUCUGUUGAGGGUCAACGCGGUUAUUGAGUUAUCGUUUGCGCCCAAUGGACGGUCAUACGCGCACUUUACGAACCUGGCUCCGUCGUUGAUUCCUCCAUUAAGAGAAGGCAUGAACAAGGUUUUGGAUGUCUUGACCCAGAACAAGAAGAUAAGCAAUGAGCUCCUGAUGGACAUUUCGGAAAGCAUUCCCUGGUGCAAGACACCAAUUAAUAGCGUACAGCGGCCGCUGGGAACGUCCCUAUCAGGAGGCGGCGCUGAAGGAGGUCUCCUGAACUCGGGGGUCUGGUGGCGGUCGAACCAAAUACCGGACUCGCGAGAGUCCUAUGUAUACCUGGAUAUCGAGGAGAAGGCUCGUGCCGUAAUUGUGAACCACACAGUAGUGGCGUCAUCCAUCAGCGGAACGAUCAGCAUGGACGCCCACCUGUCGACCAACCGCUCUGAUCACCGCGACGACGAGUCCAUCGAGUGCCUCUUGAUCAGCCGGAGUCCGGCGUGUGCGGACAGUCUCGGCCGAACCUCAUUCGACUCGGCGAAUUCGGGAGGAUGUCCGGUAGAAGGAUUUCAUAUGCGUAGUCAGGUUCCGUUCCUGACUACGACUAAGGCUUUCCAGAGUUCCUCUUUGGAUAAUUAUCGCAUUCAUUACCAUCCGUGUGUUGAGCGAGAUGCUUACGGCAAGUCUACAAACCCGGCCGUGAAGAAUCUUAAAGUGAGGUUUCCGCCAGAAGGGAAAAUUGGUCUGAUUUCGUAUUUUACGACAGCUAAGAAAUUCCAAAUACCCUUUGAGAUCCAGUCGAGUGUUAUCCAAUGCGGCCCCGGUAUGCGACGACUGCAGCUAACGCUAACAACCACGAGCGCCCUAUUCGGGAACCGACUAUUGAACAAUCAGACGUUGAAGAUGAUGAGGCCACUGGUGCGUAUUUUUGUGUCAAGUGUGCAGAAGAGCUCAAUGCCCACUAUCGGGUACCUUAUUGACCCCAAUAGUAUGACUCGUCCAAAUGCGGAUGAGACUACACUCGAUUCCACUUCGCACGGUUCAUCUGCACAAGGUACAACUGCGAGGGAUACAGCUGCGCACAGUUCGGCUGCGUUACAUGAUAGUGGCGUCAAUGACGGUUCGAGUCAACAUAUCGACUGGCAAUUGCCUGAGUUGACAGAGACGAGCACCAAGGCCGAGUUAACUAUUUGGUAUAUGUCGACGUGCAGACCGCGGGCAAAGAUCUUCUUUACGGUGCCUCGAUGGUCUUUAUCGGGAUUGACAUUGGGCAACAUGGCCUGUAAGGCUGGGUGUCGUGGCAUACGACAUAUUCUUUCCGUUUCUACUGAUUACACAUUAUAG